GCUUGGGUUUGCCCUCUCUGUGUCUGGAUACCGGCCACCUCUCGCUCCUCCGAACGCGUUCUCCGGUUACUCACUGCUCUCCGUAUCCCCAGUGCAUCUUGCCACUCCACCGCUCGGCAAACACCACAACUCAAUAGACCGUAUUCACCACACAAGCCUCAACCCAAGAUGCGGAUGACCGAAAUGGGACCCAUGGAGACCCCGAGCUACGGCAGCCCCAACCGCAUGCACGUGCUGGCCAACGGCGAUAUCGUGGACUGCGGACGCCUGCCGCAGACGGCGCGCAACAACCUUUACAAGACCGAGCUGUGCAAGCACUUCACGGAGAACGGGAGCUGCCGGUACGGCUCCAAGUGCCAGUUCGCGCACGGUGAAGAGGAGCUACGCGGCGUGCUGCGUCACCCCAAAUACAAGACGACGCGCUGCAAGGCCUUCCUGUCCACGGGCAAGUGCAUGUACGGCUCGCGCUGUCGCUUCAUCCACACCAGGCACCCGGGCGACGAGGACCAGCGGUUCGUCGACUACGGCUGCAGCGACCUGUCCAGUACUGCCAGCGAGUCGGACGACCAGGAGACACAGUCCAAGGACUUAUUGGUGAACCCGUACGGCAACGUACUGGAGCCUAUUGACCUGUCCGUUCCGUUCGGCGGCUUUAACCAGCAGAUGUCACUGGCGCCUCUGUCUGGCUUGUCGCCUCCUAAGCCAGAGUUCGACUCGUACCUGAGCCGCGACCCGUUCCUUGACUAUUCGUUCCAGAGCAGCGACCUCGGCAACUUCGGUUUCCGCAGUAGCUGUACGAGCAGCUCCAGUGGCGAUGCGUUGAACGCCAUGUCGCCCCGCUCGGCGAGCAGCACGGAGUCUGCGGCGUCCAAGUUCUCGCGCUUAUCCAUCUUCCAGCGUAUUUGCCGCGAGGACGAAUAGAGAGGGCGGCAUCUGAGCCACGUCACCAGCCAGCUCCGUCCUCGUCCAGCAUCAUAAUUUAUCAGACGACCCCAAGUGCACAAAAUUGAGAGUGAAGUGGCGUGACGACACAAGCAAAUAUCCUGGCUUCGACGUCAUCGCUGGCUGGCGACGAGAGCCCCAAGUAUAACUGCGUCGGUGGAUUGACGGCAGCAUCGUUUUUUUUCGUUUUCCCGCCUCCAGCCUGUAGCAUUUUUUUUUACAAGAAAAACGUUUUUUAUUGACAUAAACUCAAGUGUACAGCUACAAA